GCGGUAGUGAAGGAUAACGGCCACUUGUCAUCCUUACAACAGUGUUUUCUUCAUGUUUCGCCGAACUCGUAAGCUGCCGGAAUCUCAAUUGAAAUUUCCAGAGUUUCCCAUAUUAGAUCUCUCUACAAAAAGCCCCAAUCUUCAUUCUUUUGGCUCUGCGUCCUUGCAAGAUUCUUUGUCGGGUUCUUUAUGGGUGCAUGAAUCCAUCUAGGGUCCGAGUAUCUUCACUCAACUACUAACAACUUCUUCUAGUUCCAUCUUAUGUGGCAACUGGCAAGGAUAUUAAUGUCAAGAACAUAUUAGGAACAUUCGAUCAUAUCACUAGCUGCUGCUGAAGAUUGCUAAAAGGAUCAUGCCUAGUGCAGCUGAAGUGAACCCGGGCAUGAGCACUGAGGCGAUUAACCAACCGAAUCGCAAACAACAUUUGUCCAGAGAUGUCAUGUUGGGUAGUGAAUUGUGGACUGAUGGCCUAAUUUGUGCCUUUGAAUUUGUCCGAGGCCCCUCGAAGAAAAAAUGCGCUGUAAGAUCAUAUAGGAAAAAUGAAUCCAGGUGCCAGAAUGGUUGCAGAGUGGUGCCUACAAACUCAGUGUCUAAAUGUGUGACCACUCAUAUAUCACCUCAAGAUAUUGACAAUAAAGAUUGUGUGGAACCUUGUUCUGUAAGAGAUUCUGAAGCUACCAACAUUGAUUCUGUGGAUUGCCAAAAUUAUUGUGAUGGCUUUCAUCCCCAAGAAAGAUCUUCGGGUAAUUACUGGAUACAAAUCGGGUGGACCAGAAUAUCCGAGCUCCUACAGACAGUGCAAAUCGAUGCUGGUUGGGCAUCACAGCCCUUUGAUUUCACAGAUGAGGAAGACGAUGUCACUGUUGCAGAUGUUGCGGCGCCCUAUUGGGAACGCCCUGUGGGGCCUACAUGGUGGUGUCAUGUAGCGGCUGAUCACCCGUUUAUCAAUGCAUGGCUAAGCAAUGCUCAGUGGUUGCAUCCGGCAAUUAGCAUUGCAUUGAGAGACGAAAGUAAGCUGAUUAGUGAAAGGAUGAAGCAUCUCUUAUAUGAGGUUCCAGUUAGAGUUGCGGGUGGAUUACUGUUCGAGCUCUUAGGGCAGUCAGUAGGCGACCCUUAUGUUCAAGAAGAGGACAUCCCAAUUGUCGUUCGAGCAUGGCAAUCACAAAACUUCUUGUUAACUGCCUUGCACAUUAAAGGGACUGCAUCGAAUAUUAAUGUGUUAGGUAUUACAGAAGUCCAGGAACUGCUUGCUGCUGGUUGUUUUAAUGCACCGAGAACAAUCCAUGAAGUCAUAGCCCUCAUAGCUUGUCGCCUUGCCCGCUGGGAUGACAGGUUAUUUCGUAAAUACAUUUUUGGGGAAGCUGAUGAAGUUGAAUUGAAGUUUAUGAACAGGAGAACUCAUGAGGAUAUGCACUUGUUUAGCAUAAUUUUGAAUCAAGAAAUCAGAAGGUUAUCAUCACAGGUUAUAAGGGUGAAAUGGUCUUUACAUGCAAGAGAGGAGAUUGUAUUCGAGCUUCUCCAACACUUGAGAGGGAAUCCAGCGAGGAGUAUGCUUGAAGGGUUACGAAAGAGCACAAGGGAAAUGAUUCAGGAGCAAGAAGCAGUUCGUGGUCGCUUGUUUACAAUUCAAGAUGUUAUGCAGAGCACUGUCCGUGCAUGGCUUCAGGAUCAGAGUUUACGGGUGCAACACAACCUAGGAGUCUUCGGAGGGUGUGGCCUCAUUCUUUCUAUUAUCACCGGGCUCUUUGGGAUAAACGUGGAUGGCAUUCCUGGAGCUGAAGGGUACCCGUAUGCAUUCGCCUUCUUUUCUCUCGCUCUUGUCUUGCUCGGGGUUGUAUUGAUCGUUAUUGGAGUGAUUUAUCUGGGGCUGAAAAGUCCGGCCAUUGAAGAACAGGUUGAGGUUAGAAAACUCGAGCUCCAGGAACUUGUGAAGAUGUUCCAGCAGGAAGCAGAAUCCCAUGCUCAAGUCAGAAAAACUUCUCUGUUACCCCCGAGACAACCUAGUCCUAAAGGUAUAAUAUCUGAUGGCGAGAACUAUAUCCUAAUUGGAUGAACAUUUCUUCCCCUGGAUCCUGCAUUGCAAUUAGAAGUGAUUUUGCAGGUUAUCCCUGUGUUUUUGUUACAUCUGAGAAGAAGGAAGAGAAACUACAUUCUAGUUUUCA